AUGGUCGGCUCAAGAUCGGGAGGGGGUGGUGGAGGUGGGGGGGGAUCAGCAGCCGGGAAAGCGAAGUUUUCAGUGGAGGAACUGUACGGCCUCAACACCAACAAGAAGCCGAAGUGUGUAGGGCCACCUGUCAAGUCAGCCAUGGGCAGAAUCCCUGGGCAGAGGGAUGACCUGUUCACAGAGGAGACCAGGAAAGCCCUGGAGAAUCGCAGGCUGGAGAUGUUCCUUCAGGAAUGCCGGCUUUCUCUGAACGACACUAUCGCUAAGCGCACUGGCAUGUUGUACAGGAAUAUGGGGAAAUCAGGUCUGCGAGUCUCUUGUGUGGGAAUCGGGAGCUGGGUCACACUCGGGUCUCAGAUCUCAGACGAGGCUGCUGAAGAAAUCCUAACCGUUGCCUAUGAGAAUGGGGUCAAUCUGUUCGACAGCGCAGAGAACUAUGCUUCUGGAAGGGCUGAGAUAACGCUGGGAAACAUUAUUAAGAAGAAGGGCUGGAGACGGUCCAGUUUUAUAAUCAGCACGAAACUCUACUGGGGAGGACUGGCGGAGACUGAGAGGGGUCUCUCCCGCAAGCACAUCAUUGAAGGACUGAGGGGCUCACUUGAGCGGUUACAGCUUGAAUAUGUCGACAUUGUCUUCGCAAACAGGCCUGAUGUGCCUGUCUCAUCAGAGGAGAUCGUCCGUGCCAUGACCUUCCUCAUAAACCAGGGGAAGGCGAUGUACUGGGGAACAUCUCGAUGGACCUCAGUGGAGAUCAUGGAAGCUUACUCCAUUGCCCGUCAGUUUAACCUGAUCGCCCCAUCCUGUGAGCAGGCUGAGUACCAUUUCUUCAAGCGCGAUAAGGUCGAGGCUCACCUUCCUGAGCUCUACCACAAGAUUGGUCUAGGGGUGAUGACAUGGUCACCAUUGGCAUGUGGCUUAAUCACUGGAAAAUAUGAAGACAGCAUUCCGGAAAAUUCCAGGGCCUCGUUGCCGGGCUAUGAAUGGCUGAAGGCGAGUAUAACAAGUGAGGAAGGCCAGCUACAGCAAGCCAAGAUGAAGGCAUUGCAGCCUAUUACCGACAGGAUCUCCUGCACCGUAGCUCAGUUGGCCAUUGCCUGGUGUCUGCGCAAUGAGGCAGUUUGUUCAGUCCUGCUCGGAGUAUCAGAUGUUGGGCAACUGCGUGAAAACCUUGGUGCCAUUCAGAUCCUUCCUGAGCUGACUCCACAGAAUCUCAGUGAUAUCGAAGCUAUCUUGACAAAUAAACCCAGCACCAGAAGCGACUCCAAGGCCGAGAGACACAAAACAUAAAUUCCAGGAGCUCUAUUUCAUCUUCUGUGAGAUUCUUCUCUGGUCUCUACCUCUUUUCUAGUUGCCGUCCUAGUCCUGUGGUAGCCCUGAACAUCCAUAGACCCCCAUACCAGGUGGGCAUUCUGAUCGCGUGGCUGUGCUACCGAUGCCCAUUGUAAUAUUCCAGUCAUAAAAAGAAGAAAAUAUGCUUCUUCUGACUCCUCACCAUCAUGCACAUAGGCAC